AUUGAAAGUCACAUCUUCUUUUCAGGGGGUGGUUGUGAAGAAGAGAACGGGGACGAAGCAAUAACAAGGAAGAUUAUUAGUUCAUAAUAUGAUGAGGAGAUCAGAAGAAGAAGGAAUAUCAUCAUCAAGUAGCAGUAGAUGUCAAGACUGUGGAAAUCAAGCGAAAAAAGAUUGCACAUAUAUGAGAUGCAGAACUUGCUGCAAGAGUCGAGGAUAUCAUUGUGAAACUCAUGUUAAAAGCACUUGGGUCCCUGUCUCCACAAGGCGUCCAAGGCACCAUCUUCAUCACAGUACUAUUCAACAACAGCAGCAGUUAAUUCAAGCUGGCCCAAACCCUAAAAGAUACAGAUCAAAUGAAAGUCAUCAAGUGAUAGGUGGUGGUGAUCAGGAAGCUGGAGAUUUUCCGGUGGAAGUGAGUUCUGCAGCAGUAUUUCGAUGUAUUCGUGUAAGUUCCAUCGACAAUGCGGUGGAUCAAUAUGCAUAUCAAACAUCAGUGAAGAUAGCAGGACAUAUUUUUAAAGGGAUAUUAUAUGAUCAAGGACCUGAUGAUCAUGAGAGUCCUCGUUACAGCAAUAUUAAUACUAACAAUAUGGCUGGAGAAAGUUCAUCAACUGGCUUUCAGCUUCAGCAAUCUCCUAAUUUACCUAUUACUACUGCUACAACUUCUCCACAUCCACCAGCAUCGACUUAUCCCAAUCUACUAUUUAGUGCUUUGAAUAUGCCUGGUCUGAAUCCUCUUUGAUAGCAAGGGAGUUUGCUAACUAAAAACCACAAUAGCGCGAUUUGAAUUAGUCGGAUCAGUGAAUUCUUGAAAUACUAAUACUUGAAGCAAAGAAAAAAAUUCCAUAAAAGCUUAGAAGUUGCUCUUUGUUAGACUGUUUAAUAUCUCAAUCAUGAGUUGAGUAUUUGAGCUCAUCAUGAAUGGAAGUUGUUUAAUCUACAGAUGUUGAAUUUUCUUUUGCCCAAUAUUGUUGUUCUCUACAUAUUUAAUACACGUACAGAUGUUUCUCUUUUUUAUUUAGCCAUGAAUUUAUUGGCCACAUGAAAUUGUAUUUAGUUCUUUUUUACCUUUUUCCGUAUCCAAGUUUAUGCUUCUAGCUCUUGCACAGACCAUGUGAAGAGGUUAUAUUUCCAAUUUUCAUGUUACUGAUCGAUUUUAAUUUCAAUGGGCUGUUGCUGUUAAUUAUUCUACACUAAUAGUUAUUUAGUUUAUUGCUGAUUUGGCUAUAAUAAUAGGAUCUAAGAGAUAAUUUUCUGCUUUCUUAUUAGUUUUUUUCUUUUAAAGAAAAAUAUUUCUGCACUGUAAGUUUGAAAUAUAAUCCCAAGCAUGUAUUGUAUUCUAUAUUUGUAUUAUCUUGUAGUGCAGUUGCAUCAUGGCUUGUUAAUUAUACUACGUUG